AUGCCCUCGGCGAGGGGGGUCGGAGGGGUGCGAGAGGGGGCGUGGGUCAGGCGCGCACCGGCCGGCUCCGGGAGCGGCCGUCACGUCGAGGAGUGGGGCUGUUGGCGGCUCGAGCGCCGAGGCGAGCCGCUCUGCUGCGCCGCCGACAGCCCCUCUUCCGAGCCGGCGCGUGGAGGCGAGCCGCGGCCGGUGUCGCUGGUGCCCCUGGCCACUGUUCUUUUUAUCUGGAGGAUUGAGAGCUGCCUCGCUCUCAAUCGUGACGCCUACGACUACUACCAGCGCGCUCACAAUCCGAGCAAGCUCUAG